AUUACGCACCACAGCACCGGAAACGCAUUAUCAGAAGAAGAAGAAGAGUAGGUUGCAAAAUCGUGUUACUGAAGGUCCAAAACAGCAAGUGAAACUUAAACCUUAAAAUAUACUAUCACAAUGCUUCCACUAUCUCUGCUGAAGACUGCCCAGAACCAUCCUAUGCUGGUGGAGCUGAAGAAUGGGGAGACGUACAACGGUCACCUGGUCAGCUGUGACAACUGGAUGAACAUCAACCUGAGAGAAGUCAUCUGCACCUCGAGGGAUGGAGAUAAGUUCUGGAGGAUGCCUGAGUGCUACAUCAGAGGAAGCACCAUCAAGUAUCUGCGAAUCCCCGACGAGAUCAUCGACAUGGUGAAGGAGGAGGUCGUGUCGAAGGGCCGCGGACGUGGAGGCGCCCAGCAGAACAAACAGCAGGGCAAAGGAAGAGGAGGAGCCGGCAGGGGUCUGUUUGGCGGUCGUGGCAGAGGAAUGUCAGGUCCCGGUCGCGGUCAGCAGCAGCAGAUGCAGCAGCAGGACAAGAAACCAGGCAAACCACAGGGAAUGAAGAACCAGCACUGACGGACAACAUCACACCUUCAACAACACAUCCUGUUAUUCAGAGCGAUUUCUCCUUCAGUACACGAAGAUAAAAUGAACUCUCUGGUGUUUCCCUUUGCUGUGAUGUUCGUCUGAACUGACCAUUGCAGAAAUCACACUGGGAGACUUUAGGAGAAGCUGUGCUUUUGCACUGAAUUUUGUUUUUGUUUUUUUUUUAGCAUCUGUAAGUUGGUAUUAACAUUUUUUAGUAUGACCAUUUACCAGAGUAUCAGUCACUUCUGACAGACUAAUAAUAUUUAUCAUUACAACUGCAAUAACAUGAUGCAUCAUAAACUACAUUAUAUUACCCCAAACUGUUUUCCAUCAGUUGGUACACUGGAUUGCGGUUUUUAUUUUCAUUUUUUUUUGUCUCUUCAGGUGUAGUUUUCAUGGUGAAAAACCUCCUCAGCCCCAACUUCUGUUGCAUGAACAUUUUUAUAAUGCUCUUUAUUUUUGUCUUGUUUAUGACGUUUGGUGGUCUGUCUGCUGCACCGCCAUGUGGUCAGAUGACGGCAGGUGAAACAGUAGACCUGACAGUUGGGUGGGCCAAAGUUCAGUCCACGAAAAUAAUCCCUUAUGUUGAAGCAUUUAUAAGAUGACACAUCAUGAUCAGUGAGAUUUCCAGAUAAAAAAAAAAGAUUCUCAUAUUCUUAAGUCUGAAAUGGAUAAGUCCAAUAUGUGUCAUCAUGGUUGGUUUUCAUUUUAUUUUUGUAACAAAAGACGAUGUUGUAAUUUAUUUACACGAGAACAUGAGAAUAAAAAGACUUUUGUUAAA